CGAUCGGUGCAUUUGUCUUGCUUAUAUCGUUAACAAUACAUCGGCCGGAGUAAUGCGAUCGGUGGAUUGCAAAUCAAUCUGUCUGUUAAUGAAUAGUAUGCCUGGACGCGUUGUAUUGCUUAUUUAAUCAUCAAUUAUUUGAAACAUGGGCAGAACUUUGCUUGGAACAUUUUCGUAUCAAAUUCUUGUCCAUAUUCAUCAAGAUGCUACAUAUUGUAUUUUAACAUUUGAUUGAAUGUUUUGGCUGCUAAUUUAAAAAUAUAUUCCUAGGUCAUGUGUAUAUUAUAAAAAAACUAUAAUAGCGAUUUUAUCAACUUUAAUUUUUGUAUUUUAUAACGCCUCUGUAUACAUGUAUUAUUGGGUUAAUAUAAAUACUCGUUGAUGGUUUGUUGCUUUCAGAUACGCGACAACACGAGCUAGUAUGCAGACCUGGAUUUGAUUAAAGGAGGAAAAUUAAUGGCUUCUUCGCUGCUCAAUUCAACCAGGGAAUUUCGAAUUUCCAUGAAUAAUACAAUAUAGUUGACCUAAGUUGACUUUAACGGUGCCUUUUCCGGUCGUUGAUCCUGUAGCUAUCGUAUAUCGUAUCAGGAAGAACAUAAGAAAACAAUAAGCGAGACUUUGGGACAACCCAAAUGCAAUUAAGAGAGAAAAAAUAGUUUGGAUAUAGUAUAAGAGGACAAUAGCAUCUGCAGCGCAAGGCAAUUUAAUUAUAUCAGUUACUGGAAGGAAGGUAACCUGAAGAAAUGACGAGUAAAAGAACAAUUGAACUGGCCUUAAAAGAUUAAUUGAUUGUCGACGGAACAUUGGUCCUGCGGCACACUAACGACAUCUCAAUAACAGACUACAAUAAUUAUCCUGUCCAAUCGAUUCGUCUCGAAAACAAAAAUUAUUCUACACUGACAAACCGUCAUUGUUUAAAUCCGUUUAUCUUUGCGAGCGUUCCAGAAGUGCUCCAAGCGAGUGAUGCCGGAUAUGUGGGAUACAAGCCGGACAGCUAUGGGGAUUAACGACAUUGUCGAUAAUACUUCAGAAUCGCUUAAACUACUUGAAAGUGAAUAUCGAUUUGAAACCCGGGGAUCUAAUUUGACCUUUUCUACCCUGGAUGCCCUGGAAAACGGGAUUUAUGCUGUGGGUAAUACAACAGGCGCAAUGGAUGCGUUAAAGUUCAACGCUACUGCCAACGGGACUGGGUCUUCUACAGCACCUAUGUCGUUUCACUUUGGGAAUGGUGAACUCGUCAGGCUCAUCUCUAUUUCGACAAUAUUGUGUUUCUUGGCCACGAUGGCCAAUCUUAUAUCUGUUAUAUCCAUAUGUCAUAUUCCAGGAAGACUGACAGCAAACCAACUAUUGUUUCUCAAUCUCUCAAUUACGGACAUCUUAGCUGCUUUUUUCACAUACACAGAGGCGCUGAGCAUGGUAACCUUUUAUUGGGUUGAUAUCUCUCUCAAUUUUUCCUUCUAUUUGCGAUAUAUGGGCUAUAUACUCUUCGUUUGGUUCUACUGUACGUCGGCAUUGACACUUUUAAUUUUCGCAAUCUGCAGAUAUGUAGCCAUAUACAGGCCAAUAGGCUAUACGGAUGUUUUUACAGUAAAGAAAAUAGGCGUGGCUCUAAUAAUGAUCUGGAUUAUAUCAGCCAUGUUGAGCUUACCAGGAAUGUGUUUUUUCUUCGAUUAUAAUACCAAACACGUUGCAUGCGAGUUGUGGAACUACUUCUGGCCAUGCGCGAUACUCUUAUCACCCAUCGUGACGCUCUUUCUCUACAUCCGGGUCUCUAGAUACCUCCGAACAAGAUCCGCUAGAUGGCGCAGUGAGCAUGGCGCAGACGAAAAUUACCACGCAUUUCUGACGACCAUAAUGUUAAUGGUGACAUUAACCUUAUCACUUCUGCCUUAUAUCAUAUUCCGUCUAGCUCGUUAUAGGAAAAAUAUGUCCACUAUCUAUUAUGAUUUUGUUUACUUUCUGCCAUUCAUCAACUUUGCCACUGAUCCCGUAAUUUACGGCCUGCGAACAAAGAAUAUCAGAGUUGGCUAUAGUAAGCUUAGUGAGAGGAUUUGCAAAUGUACUUGCGCAGGUUUAAGAAGACAUACCAACUACAAUGAAGCGAGAAGAAGUUCACCCACUGAAAAUACAACAACUAUUUAGUUGAUUUGUUGAGUGAAACAUUUUUGGCAUGUCCACAAAUGACGCCAGUGUCGAGGUUCCUUGUUUAUUUAUUUGCUUUAAGUUAUUAUAUUUUGGAAUUUUUUCGUCGUGAAAUGUGCAGUGAGAAGAUGAGAUGUACACCGACAAAAAAAAUCAUCAUCAUGCGAUAACAUAAUCGUCACUGAAAUGAUUUCUCACAUGGAGCACAAACGUUCAGUGUACCGUGGGGACCUUCUUUGACCUGUCCACAUUAUGAUCAUGACGUCAG